AUGGUGACUGCAGCCCUCUCCCUAGCGCUCACCGCAUACGUCGCCACGAUACUGCACCGCCUCGAGACAUUCGAACCGAAAUUCAACAGAACAGACUACACCCAUGUCGUAGUGGCGGGCGCAUGGCGCCUCCCCAAUAAAACCCUGAGCGCGACCUUUGCGAGACGAGUCGACCGCGGCGACGAGCUCGCACAACAAUUCAAUGCAACGCUGGUCUUCACGGGUGGUCUGGGCGACUCGCGAGCAGCAAAAAAAUACAGCACGUACGGCGGCCCGACCCUCUACGAGGACAAGUCGCGCACGACGCUCCAGAACGCCAUCGAGACGGCCCGCGUCGCGCCCGACGCGACGUCGAUCCUCGUGGUCUCGUCGCCGUACCAUCUGGGACGGUGCCUCGUCUAUUUCCAGAGAGCUUUCCCGAAUAGCGUCGUCGACGUCGCCGCCGCGUUGCCGGAUAAGAGGAAUGACGGGAGCUGCGGCCGCUUCUUCGAGGGCUUCUACUGGGCGAAGACCUGCGUGCUCGGGCUGCCGUACGGUGGCCGCGUCUAAAUCAACCAGCGGUCGCGUCGAUGGCGUGGGGGUGACGCCGUCCACACACAGGUACGCGGGCUCGAUUAGAGAACUCGGCGCGUGGGCCAAGAACAUCCUCCAAGGACAUUUGUCCUUGCGAGGCGACGCGAUCGACUUCCUGAAGCGCCUCGACCUCAAGAAGAAGGGAGUAACAUAACGAACA